GUUUAAUAAGUAUGCGUAGUCAACGGAUAUAUUGGAUUCAGAGUAGUUGCCGGAUGUUUUAUAAAAAUGGUAAACCGGAAACAAUUGGCUUAACACAUCGGCUUUUAACAGAAGUUGAAGGAAUGAUGUUACUUGAAAAGCGAACAUCAUUAAGAGCUAAAUUAUUAUCUUAUGAUGAUUCACUGCUACAAUCACCUGGAAAUUUACAAUCCACCGCAGCAUUACCAUCAAUAUCCUGCGAUGUCACAUCAUUGUCGCUUUAUAUGACUGGUUCAGAAAAGGAUCGUUAUUCAACCUCAAAACGACAAAAUACACAAUUUUCUACAUUACCAACAAGAUUAAAACAACCAUUAUCAUUACCGAUAAAUCGGAAUUUAUCAGCACAAGCAUCGAUAAUAACAGCCGAAAUUCAACAUGAGGAACAUUUAUCAACACGUGGACGUAAACGUAAAAAACAAAACAAUGACAUUAAUGUUAAUCAAUCAUCAUCAUCAUCUAUCUUAUCAGUACCACAAUAUUCAACCUUUAUAAUGCCAUGUACAAGUAACAAUUCGAAAGUAGUAGAGAUGCAAGAUGAACGACAACAACAAACUGCAGCUACUGCUUGUAUGGGCGCUCCUGAGAUACCGCGGAUAACUCAAAAUGAAAAUUUUACCACUACCGCUGCUACAGUUGUUCAUGGUGUAUCAGGUACCAAUACAUCAAUGAUUCCGGGAUUAUUUCAAUUAUCUCAGGAUUUAACUGGUUUUUCGGGAUUAACAGCAUAUUUUUCCUCGGAUAAUAAUACCGAUACAGUACGACAUGAUCAAAAUUAUCAGUGGUCAUCAUCAACAAAAGCAAACUAUUGGUCAUCAUCGUUAUCAUCAUCGGACUUGCAUUAUCAAAAUUCUAUGACUAAUAAUGCUGGUUAUGCUACAGUAAUUUCGAAUGGAUUUUAUCAAUCUCAAAUGGAUCAAAAUAAUUUAAUACCUGUAAGAAAUCAUAUGGAAUAUCCAACAUUAUUUACUACCAAUAAUUUAGCUUCUACAGAUUCUACUUAUACGCCAACACCAGCUCAAUUGUUGCUAUCGUCAUCAGAAUUAUUACAACCAUCAGGUGUGGUACAACCUGCGAAUUCGAUGUUCAAACCAUCCCUAUUAUUUGAUAUGCCACAACAUUCAACAACAAAUGCUUUUAAUACAACUAUCAAUGAUUACACUCAAUCAAUGGAAGUGAUAACAGCUGAUAACGAUGAAACAGUAGCAAAUUGUAGCAAUACAUCAGGUUCAACGGGUUUUAAUCUAAUCUCAGAAGUAACAAAUACUCUCCUUGGAUAG